AUGUCGCUAGAUUUAAGGUCAAUCGAAGACUAUCUUUGCUCCCUUGCUAAAGAAAAGGUAGGACCGAUAAUUAAGGCAAAAUCCGGAACUCAACAUGUUUACGAUGCGAAGAGUGGCUCUCGCGCAGUCGACAUAGUCACUGCGAUCGAUAAGCAGGUGGAGAAACUGAUAUGGACCAACGUCAAAGAAAAGUACCCAGACUUCAAGUUUGUCGGCGAAGAGAGUUUUGUCCCGGGAGAAACGACAAUCACAGAUGAGCCAACAUUUAUCAUUGAUCCAAUUGACGGAACUACAAAUUUCGUGCAUGACUUUCCAUUUAGCUGCACAUCACUUGGGCUGGCGUUAAAUAAGGAGCCGGUCGUCGGGGUUAUCUACAACCCACACUUAGACCUGCUUGUGUCUGCUUCGAAAAAUAAUGGCGUAAGGGUCAACGGUAAAACUUUUGAUUUUAGUGCGAAAACAAAGGAAAUGGGCCCGUUGACACUAAAGACUUCUGUAGUGGCAUUGCAGCCCGGCUCUGCAAGGGAAGGAUCGAACUUCCAAACCAAGAUGAGGACGUACGAGGCAUUAUUGUCUUGUGAUGAAGGAUUUGUCCACGGCUUUAGAAACCUUGGCUCAAGCGCUAUGACUCUUGCCUAUAUCUGCCUGGGGUACUUGGAUAGCUACUGGGAUGGAGGGUGCUAUUCUUGGGACGUUUGCGCAGGAUGGUGCAUUUUAAAAGAGACCGGAGGCCGCAUAGUCGGUGCUAACCCAGGCGAAUGGGAUGUGCCAGUUGACAAUAGAACAUACCUUGCAGUCCGUGCCUGUGAAAGUUCCAAACAGCAAGAACAAUACAUCGAAGACUUUUGGGCUUGUGUCAAAGGAAGCCUUAAAUACUGA